CCUCACAAAGUGGAGAUACCUCAGCCGCCCUUCAAAGCAGUGUCGCCCACCGGCGUCGCAUCCCAGUGUCCACGCCGACAAGCCCGUCAUCGGCGCAGAAGUGAUAAGGCCAGACGCGUCGGCUUCAGAACCUGGACUCCCCAUCGGUGGAUUUCGAGCUGUCCGUUGCUCACCGUCACGUGAUAUACGGCCCCCUCUCUGUCUUUCCAGCACACCAGAGCGGCCCUCGAGCCAAUUAUCCCAAACAGCACCAUGUCGGGGUCAUUCGGCGCUGACAUGAAGCCGAUCUGUAUGCCGUUCCCGGCGUCGAGCAGCACCUGGGGAGACGAGUCAUCCCAGAUGCUGCUCGACGAAAGGAAAAACGCGAGCGAGAAUGACAUCGUCGGUGCUUCCAGCAGCUGGAAGCACCGAUGCGGCCCUGGAGGCAUCGCAAAGUAGGCUCCAGGGCCGAACUCCAGCCACACUGACGAGCCCAGCGCCGCAUCCACUCUGUCAUACAGAGAGUACAGAGAGAGAGACAGAGACGGCCAUGACCCGAUGGGGCCGUUGUACUUUGUAAUUUUCUUGGGCGGAUGGUUUUCUGAGACAAAGACGAGCCUGUUGUCCGCGUCCCGCCACUGCAGCGGCGAUUGGUCUUCCCCCACCACGAGAGUCAGUACCUCAGCAUUCACACUGAAGGCCACACAGUCAGCGGUUAACUGCCCACCCGAAGCGACUUGUACACGCGCCCUCUCCUCGCCAUCAUCAACCAGCGACUUCAAGCUCGUUUGUGCAUCGUGCAGUGCCGCUGCGGCACUACCGACUUGCAAUGCAAUGAAGACCAGGAAGCUGCAGCUUUUCCAGUUUCGAGUCGGCCGACUCAUGGUCGCGCUGGGCUCUUCUUGUGCAUCCAUCUGACGGUUUUGAAUUGUCGACGCUAGAAUUGUCU